AUGGCGCCGACGAACGCCCCCGAGGAGGCCGAGGAGCCCCUGCCGCCGAAGAAACGGCGGCUGCGCCGCGCGUCGCCCGGGGGCGACGACAGCUCGACGGCGAAGCGUCACGCGGGGUCGUCGGACAGCGACAAGGCGAGCCGCGCGUCGCGGAGCGACAAGGACGCCGACGAGAGCUGGCUCGACCUGGACCUGCCGGCGAGUUCGGUCGCGGGGCUGCCCGCGGACUCCGUGUCCUUCGUGCGCCGGGCGAAGCGCUUCGUCGCCCAGCUCACGGCUGUCUACCCCAAGGGGUCGCCCGUCUUCUCCACCUUCGCCGUCGUCGUCCGCACCUUCCAGUCGCAGGGCGGCGACGCGCUCGACACGGUGACGCAGCUGCGGGAGCUCCUCAACGACCAGCCCGACCUGCUCCGGGAGUUCGUCUCCCUGCUCCCGACCUGUCUCCACCAAGCCCAGGCGCCGGCCCAGCCCGCGCCGGCCCAGCCCGCGUCCCUCGUGUCGUCCGCGGGCUCGCACCGCGACACGCCCGAGGGCGAACAGGAGAAGACGCUGCCGCCGGACGAGCUGCGACGGCUCGCGCUUCCCCGCGUGCUCGGCGGCGGCGUGCGGCGCGUCGCGGGCGAGACGUACCCGAACGCGCUCCUCACGGACGGCUGGCCGAGCGACGGGCUCCUCCUGGCGCGGUCCGCCGUCGCGGAGCGCAUCCUCGUGGACCGCUACGGCGCGGACCGCGGCGCCGUCGGCAGGGACCACCCGCAGUGGUGGCCCGCGCGCGCGAUCUCCAUCGAGGAGUACCUGGAAUACUACGCGACGACGCUCGCGAAGCACCGGCCCAAGUUCGACCACGUCGCCGUCGUCUUCCUCCGGCCCUGGUGGUCCGAGCACCUCGCCGACGACGGCGUCGCGCGCAUGUUCGAGCUGGAGCCCGCGCCCGCGAAGGCGACGCACGUCCGGCCCCUCGCGGGCUCCGACCCGGCGCCCCCGUCGACGCCGGCGCCCGCCGCGGACGUCGCCGCGGGCCGCUUCCGCGACGCGCUGCGCAUCGCGGGCGCGCUGUCGGGCUACGCGGCGUCCCACCUCGGCGCGUCGAGCGAGCCCCGCGACGGGCCGCGCGACGCCGAGGGCUGGGAGCGGCGUCGCGCGCGCCUCGCGGAGGCCUACGGCAACUCGUCCGCGUCGCCCCGGGACAAGAAGCGCGACCCGCCGCGCGACGUGUCCACGGCGCACGUCGACGUCGUCAACUACCCGAGCGUCGUGCUCACGCUGCCGUGGUACGAGAUCGUCACGAAGACGCCCGGCGACCUCGUGCUCGCGGACCUGCCGCGGUCCCUCGUGGGCGCGGACUUGGACGCCGGCCGGCCCCGGGGCCUGGGCCGGUCGUCGAUCUCGCCGCUGGACGGCCCGCCGGAGAAGCGGCCCGUCGCCGCGGAGUUCGGAAACAUGGGCCGCGAGCGGUCCAACUCCGUCCGGUCCAUCGGAUCGCCGCGGAAUUCGCUCGGCGGCGGGUCGCCGAGCCCGUCGGCGUCCGCCGCGAAGAAGGGCGUCGCGUCGCCCCAAAAGGCGCCGCGCGAGCCGCCGACGGCGCGGGAACGCGCGGACGUCGCGGCGCUCCUCGGCGCGCGGUCCGGCCCGGGCGACUUCGACGAGCGCGCGUUCCGGGACGCCGUGCGGCGCGACGGCGCACCGGCCGAGGCGGAGGCCUUGCCGCCGUCGGUCUUCCGGCCCGCGUCGCCGACGCUGGAGGCGCUGCCGGCGGCCGACGUCACCGAGGAGGACUCGGAGGCGCGGUCGUCGAAGGCGUCGUCGGAGAGCCCGCCCGCGAGCCCAAAGGACAACCCGGAGGUCGCGCGCGCCGCCGAGUCCAAGGACGGCGGCGAGGAGGACAGCGGCGGCGAGGCACCGAUGGAGCGCGACGACGACGACGCGCCGCCCGCCGCGGACGACGACGCGGCGAUGGACGACGCCGACGCGGCGCCCGCGGCCGCGGAGGAGGACGACGAGGAGGCGGCGGCGGCGGCGGCGGCGCCCGCGGCCAUGGACGUCGACGGCGACGACGACGAGCGGAGCGCGAAGCGGCCCAAGACCGCGCGCGCGGCGUCGCCGUCGUCGUCCGACGACGCCAUCUCCGAGGAGGCCGAGGCGGCCGCCGAGGACGACGACGACGAGGCGGCGGAGGCGCCGCCGCCCGCGACGGCCGCGGGCGGCCCGCGCUGCGACAAGUGCGACGGCGCGCACGAGACGGCCGACUGCCCCUACUUCAAGAAGGAGCGCGAGCCGUCGCCGGUGCAGAACAUGAAGCCCGUGCAGCCGCUGUCGUCCGCGGGGCUCCUGAAGCGCCGCGCGUCGGACCGGAGUCUGAGCGGCCAGAUGCCGCCCGCGUCGCCGCGCGAGCGGCCCCCGGCGGGCAAGCCGGGCAGCCCGCGGUCGCGGUCGCGGAAGCCGCCGAGCCCGCGCGCCGCGAAAGCCCCGAGGCUGCCGAGCCCGCGCGCCGACGAGGCGCCGAAGCCGCCGAGCCCGCGCGCCGAGCCGGCGAAGCCGCCGAGCCCGCCGCCGAAGCCGCCGAGCCCGCCGCCGCCGAAGCCGCCGAGCCCGCGCGCCGAGCCGCCGCCGCCGAAGAUCGUGCAGAAGCCGCCGCGCUGCGAGCCCGCGCCGAAGCUCGCGAGCCCGCGCCAGCGCACGCCGCCGCCGGCGGCCGCCGGCUCGGCCCUCCUCUGCCGCAAGGGCUGCGGCCGGGGCUUCACGCACCCGCCCGCGCGCGUCGCGCACGAGAAGUCCUGCCGCGGCGUGCCCGGGAGCUCGCGGGCCGCGGCGCCCCGGGGGUCGGCCAAGGCGUCGCCGCGGGCGCUGGGCAGCGACGCCCGGGACGAGCCGGCGCCCCGGGGCCGGCCGCGGUCCAACACGCCGGCCGGCGAGGCGCCGCGGCCGCCGGCGACCGGCGACGGCGGCGGCCGCGCGGACCGCGACGCGCGUCUGGCGAAGCGCGCGCUCGACCGCGGCGACUCGCCGCCGCCGCCGCCGCCGCCGCCCGUGCGGCCCGCGGCGUUGGACCAGCCCGCGGCGCCGUCCCAGCCGAAGCCGCCGGCGCACGGGCCCUUCUCCGAGGGCAGCGACCAUUUGGGCGACGACGCGCACAACCGGCUCUUCGACGCGGCCGCCUUCGACCGCGCGUCGCGCCGCGACUGCCCGAGCCUCGCGCCCCCCGAGGACGCGCCCGUCGACGGGUCGAGGCCUUUGGUCUACCUCGGCGCGGGCGACGACGUCGAGGACUGCGGCGACCGCUGCCACAAGGCGUCGUCGCAGACGAAGCGCGCGCUCUUGGCGAAGCACGACGCGGACCGGCACCGCGGCGGCCCGGCGGCGGGGUCCUCGGCGCGCCACGUGGCGCCGGAGCUCUGGCUCUACCUCGCCGCGCGCGGCGCGGACCGGUCGCGGGCCGGGCUCGCGCGCGCGUCCGCGCGGCCCACCGACGUCCUCGAGGACAUGGCCGAGCGCGAGGUCGCGGCGCUCCUCGGCGACCUCGAGACGCUGGCGCUGUCGUCGGCGGCGGCCCAGGCCGCGGCCUGCGCGAAGCGGGGCCGGGCCUUAGGCCUCGUGGCGCGCAGGCGCAAGAAGCGCGAGCGCGACGGCGCGUCCGACGACGACGGCGGCGGCGGCUCGAGCGGCGACGACGACGCGAGCCCGCGGAGCGACGAGGGCGCCGACGACCGCGACCUGCGCCGCGCGCGGCGCGAGCGCGUCGCCGUGCUCGAGGUGCUCGAGAAGGUCGACCGCUGCGUGCAGCAGCUCGUCAACAAGGACGACGCGGCGCUCCGCGACGCGUGCGCGGCCGCGGCGACGGCCCACAACGACGCGGAGCUCAUCCUCACGAAGGUCGUCGCGGCCCAGGCCGCGGGCGUCGGCGGGUCGCCGACGCGGGACCGCGUCGCCGCGGCCGAGGCGCGCGUCGCGUCCGCGAGCCGCCAGCUCGAGCACGCGCGGUCCGGCCGCCGCGAUUUGGCGAGCCUCCGCCGGUCCUGGUUCGCGGCCAAGGGCGUCAUCCAGGGCCGCGUCGUCGGCGGCGUCGCGCGGCCCGCGGCCCGGGGCCUGCCCGCGCGGAAGAAGCUCCGGAGCCGCUCCGACGAAGAGGCGACGGAGGCGCCCGAGGCGGACCGCGAGGACGCGGACGCGGACCUGCCGGCCUACGAGUGGGCCGGCGCGCGGCGGCCGCGGACCCUGGCCAUCUACGACCGGCGCUGCCGCCUCCACGAGACCAAGGUCUACUGCAUGGAGCAGAGCCGGCGCGCCGUCGCCGCCGCGGCCGUCGUCGAGGCCGCCGCGCUGCGGCACCCGACGAGGCUCUGGGUCGAGCGGAGCGUCCACGAGGGCUAUUUGGGGCGGGCCACGGCGCUGUUAUCGUACGCGCACUCGCGCGUCUACGUGUCGGCCGUGCGGCGGCGGUGCCUCGACCUCAAGACGAACGCGACGAUGCUCUUUGGCGGCGAGGACGAGGACACGUGCGGCAACCGCCACACCUGGGACGCGUCCCUGGCCGCGUCGGCGGCGGUCCUCCAGGCCGUGGACGCCGUCGUCUCCGGCGAGGCGAAGAACGCGCUCUGCGCCGUGCGGCCCCCGGGCCACCACGCGGGCGCGUCCGUGAACGCUUUAGGCGCGGAGUCGAACGGCUACUGCAUCCUCAACCACGCGGCGCUCGGCGCCAAGUACGCGGCCCACGAGCGGGGGCUCCAGCGCGUCGCCGUCUUCGACUUCGACGUGCACCACGGCAACGGCACGGAGGACGUGCUCGCGCGGACGUGCGACCCGCGGUUCAUGUACCUGUCGCUGCACGCGUGCGGCCGCGACGUCUACCCGGGCAGCGGCAAGCGCGAGGUCCCGGACCACCCGGGCGUGCUCAACCUGCCCCACGCCUACGAGGAGCCCAUGACCGCCGAGUGGUGCCACGCCUACGCCAUGCCGAAAGUGUUGAAGGCCUUGGACGGCUUCCGCCCGGACCUGCUCAUCCUGAGCAGCGGCUUCGACGCGCACAAGCGCGACCCCGUGGACCUGGGCCGCUUCGACGCGUCGGACUACGGCGACCUCACGCGGGCCUGCGUCGACUGGGCGCGGCGGAACUGCUGCGGGCGCGUCGUGUCCGUGCUCGAGGGCGGCUACGGCGUCGACUGCGGGCCCGCGGGCGAGUACGUCCAGAGCGGGCGCCGCGAGGCCUUCGACACGUGCCUCCGGGCCCACGUCGACGAGCUGAUCGCCGACGACGCCGCGGACACGGCCGACGACCCGGAGCCGGCGAACCCGCAGACCGCGCACGUGUCCGCGCCGCACCUCGAAGCCGCGGCGGCCGACCGCCGCGGCAAGGCCGCGGCGUUCUUCCAGGAGCCGCCGCCGGACCAGUCGCGCCUCGGCGCCGCGGCCGGGCCCGCGGGGCCCCAGGCGCUCACGGCCGCGGCGCUCGCGCGAUUGGGAGACGUGAAGCCGGGCGUCAAGCUGCCGGACGUCUCCGACGGCUCGGUCUAA